AUGAUGAAAACAUAUUUGGGAAUUGAUAUUGGGACGACCAACUUAAAGGUUGGUAUUGUAAAUGGCGAGGGAGAGUAAGUGACAUAUUGAUUGGUAAUGCUUUGAGGGUUGUGUAUGAGGAGUCUUCCACUCAUAAUGCCCAUGUGAAUACUACGUUCAAUCAUGAUGAACAGGACCCGCGGAAGAUCUUGACUGACUUGGAGUCUAUUUUCAAGAGGAACAAACAUUUUUUGCAUGAGGUGGAAGGGAUUACUGUAACUGGUCAAAUGCACGGGAUCCUUUUUUGGGACAGCACGGCGGAUGUUUGGGAUGGAAAGGAUAAAGAAUCCACGUCAAAUCUAAUUACUUGGAUGGAUCAGCGAUGUGAUGAAUCCUUUUUACAUUCGUUGCCACUGUAAGAUAGAGUUUGUUGAUACGGUGAGGUAAUAAGUUAUAGGUGGGAAAAUGAAACCGGAGCCAAAGAGUCGAAUGUUUCCACGGGAUAUGGUCUAGCCACUCUGAUAUGGUUGCAUAAACAUGGAUUAAUUAACAAAAGAUGGGAUCGAUGCGGAACGAUAAUGGAUUUUGUGGUGUUUUCCCUGGGAGUCAAAGAGUAUUUUAUAUCGGAUCAAUUGGCAUUCAGUUGGGGAUACAUGACGAAUAAGGGGGAAUGGCAAAAGGUACUUUAUUAAUUUAAUGUUAUGUCGAUGUUUUAGAACAUCCUCUCAUUAAUUUAUCCCUUGGCUUUGCCUGAAAUAAAACCAUCAGGCACGAUCUACAGUAGUCCAAUAAUUUCUUCUUUUUUCUCUAAGGAUGUCAAGAUCUACGUGUCUGUCGGAGAUCUGCAAGCCAAUAUGUUUGGAUUUGUCACAGAACAGACAGCAGGUAGGGCAACAUCUGUAAAAAAUUUUACUUUGUGGCACUUCAUCUUGGAACAUCGGCUCAAUUGGCAUACUGUAGCUCGUCGAAAAUGGUUGCUGAUGAGUUCAAACAUCUUCUGAGGGUUCCUUAUUUUAAUGGGAAAUAUCUCAUCGUGGCCGCCUCAUUGAAUGGAGGGAAUGCGUUGGACAAUUUUGUAAAAGUAAGUGUUGUAUUACAUACAACACAAUUUUCAGUUGAUUUCGACAUUUCAUGAUCAAUUGUUUGGAGCUACAAAGAAGACCUUGAAUGAAAGAAACCUGCAUCAACUGUUGGAAACCCCUGAUGGCCAGGGAAAUCGGUCAGAUCCAAUAAUACGACCCCUAUUUUUGGGCGAGAGACAUUCUAAUCAAAGGGCUUCUAUCAGCAACCUCUCGGCUGAUACGCGCUUGGACGAAGUGAGUUGUUCUCUGAUCAGAUCAUAAGACCACCUUCUUAUAAAUAUUUAGUGCGUGCGUGCAAUCAAGAAAGGUGUCAUCGAGAAUUUGGCAGAAAUGUUACCAGUUAACCUAUUAGAAAGUAAUGGAAUUCAAAAUGUGAUUUUAUUGAACCGUGCCGCAAAUGAUGAAAUUUGUUUUACAACAGCAAAGCAGACAUUUGAGCCCUUGACCGUCAUCAAAUCGACCAAGAAUAUAUCGGCUGCAUUAGGAGCUGCAAGACUUUGUAUUCAAAAAUAA